UAAUCAGUAUAAAGCUGUGCGCAUCUCAAAUCAGUCUAAUAUUAGCAAAAUGGAACGUUGGAACGGUCGGGUAGCUGUGGUAACCGGUGCCAGUUCGGGCAUUGGAGCGGCCAUUGCCAAGGAAUUGGCGCAAGCCGGACUGGUCACCGUGGGAUUGGCCAGGCGUGUGGAACGCGUAGAUGCACUGCGCGACCAGAUUCCGAAGCAAUUUUCAGCGAAUUUGCACGCAAUCAAGUGUGAUGUUUCGAAGGAAGAGGACAUCGGCCGGGUGUUUCAGGAGAUUGUGGCAAAGUUUGGUGGAAUCGAUGUGCUGAUCAAUAAUGCGGGCAUUGUGCGAGAAUCGAUGCGACUGCUGAGCGAAGAUUCGGAAGGAGCUCAACCGUUGAGGGACAUCUUGGACACGAACGUGCUCGGGUUGACGCUGUGCAGUCGAAAGGCUUGCAAAUCGAUGCGGGAUCGAUCCGUCGAUGGACACAUCAUCCACAUCAACAGUAUCGCCGGCCACAGAGUGCUCAACUUUCCCCACAUGAACAUGUACUCGGCCAGUAAAUUUGCAGUGACGGCCCUGACCGAAACGAUGCGCAACGAGCUCAGGGAGAUGAAGUCGAAGGUCAAGGUUACGAGUAUCAGUCCUGGGGUGGUGAAAACCGAAAUUAUAGAUGCAAUGGAUAACCACAAGGAUUUUCCCAUGCUAGAGCCAAAGGAUAUAGCUGAUGCUGUUUUGUACGUGCUGGCAACACCAGCCCACGUGCAGGUACACGAGCUCACCAUCAAACCAGUAGGAGAAGAUUUCUAAGAUAUUUGGCGAAGUUUACAUUUAAAUGUUGUAGAAAAUGGUGAUAGUAUAUUUAGGUCGUCAUUGAAAAUAUAAAACGUUUUGCAAAUAACUUUAAAGCAAAAAUUACAAGAGAAGUGCAAUUAACUGAAAACUAUUCAAAUAACGUUUUCCUGCGUUGAUAAAAA